UGUCUCUUCGCGUCGCGUUUCAGGCCUGCGCUAAACUCCCCAGAUACGGUAAAUUAUCUCAGAUGUAGUGGACUGUUUUGCUCCUCUUCUGCCCACAGUAUCAAACAUAAAGCAGCACGUUGUGCCAGUUCAGCACCAUGCAUCUAUGGAGCGUCUUUUCUACGUCGCUGUUCUUCCUCGGUUUAAGUUUUCUUCCAGUGUGUCUGGGUGCUCAUGGGAGGUAUGCUCAGAAGUUGUUGACUGAUUUGUUCGCUAACUACACCAACGCUCUGAGACCGGUGGAGGACACAGACCACAUCAUCAACGUCACACUGCAGAUCACCCUCUCACAGAUUAUCGACAUGGAUGAGCGUAACCAGAUCCUGACCACGUACCUGUGGAUCCGGAUGGUGUGGACGGACGCCUACCUUACCUGGAAGAAGGACGACUACGAUGGUCUCGAUACCAUCCGCAUACCUAGUAGUUAUGUAUGGAGGCCUGAUAUUGUCCUAUAUAACAAUGCUGAUGACCAGUUCUCCAGCUCUAUGGAGACCAACGUGGUGAUCCGUAACGACGGACAGAUCAUGUGGGACCAGCCGGCCAUCACUAAGAGCUCGUGCUCCGUGGACGUGUCCUUCUUCCCGUUUGAUGCCCAGCAGUGUCGCCUAACCUUCGGCUCCUGGACACACAACGGCAACCAGAUGGACCUGGUCAACGCCCUGGACAGCGCUGACCUGGCCGACUUUGUGGCCAACGUGGAGUGGGAGGUUCUAGGUAUGCCAGCCAAGAAGAACGUGGUCCUGUAUGGCUGCUGCUCAGACCCCUACCCAGACAUCACCUACACCCUGCACCUGAAACGCAGGGCCUCCUUCUACAUCUUCAACCUGCUUAUCCCCUGUAUGAUGAUCUCCUUCCUGGCCCCGCUGGGCUUCUACCUGCCGGCUGACUCUGGGGAGAAAGUGUCCCUGGGGGUCACCGUGCUGCUGGCCCUGACUGUGUUUCAGCUGCUGGUGGCAGAGAGCAUGCCACCCUCGGAGAACGUACCACUCAUAGGGAAGUACUACAUUGCCACCAUGACGAUGAUCACCGCAUCGACCGCCCUGACUAUCUUCAUCAUGAAUAUCCAUCACUGUGGUCCGGAGGCGCGUCCUGUCCCUGAAUGGGCCCGCCGCUUCAUCCUGCACUACCUGGCACGGAUCUGCUUCGUCUACGAGGUGGGAGAGAACUGCUUCACCGGCACACCCAAGAAACAGGCCCCGCCCGAGCCUGAGCACCCACCUGACCACAAUAGCAACCCCCAAACUAGAGGUACCAACUGGGAUGUGAACGGGCAAGCCUGGCGAGGCAUGGGAGAGAGGCAUGGAGACGAAGGGGGAGGGGUGGGCGUAAAGACACAGGAAGAGAAAGAGGAGGGGAAUAGACUGGAUGUGAAAAAAGGAUCAUACCAAAUGUUUGAGCCCAGUAGGUGGAAAGACGACCUUUUUGUAAGUAUAGAUGCUGAAGAGGAGGUGGAGGAAGCAGCAGGAGGAGGAGGAGGAGAGAGAGGCUGUGUGGGAGGAGGUGGAGAACGAAGAAAAGGAUCAAUAGGAGGUGCAGAGGCUAGGGGUAGGAGGGAGGUGGUGGUGAGGGCCCAGUGUGUGUGUCAGCACCAGGCGCUCCGCAGGAACAUCGAGUACAUCGCCAGCUGCUAUCAUGACCAGCGCUCCACCCAGAGACGUACGGGUGAGUGGAGGAAGGUGGCCAAGGUCAUGGACCGACUCUUCAUGUGGCUCUUCUUCAUCAUGGUCUUCCUCAUGAGCCUCCUCAUCAUGGGCAAGGCCGUCUGAGCACGUGCAGAGAGAAGAGGGAGAUCAGAUCCUACCCUUCCCAAAUGCUGACCUUAACCAUUAAGGUGGAUCCCAAACGGACCUUAGAUCAGUGUCUAAUGGUAACUUUAUCCUACUCCGAGGGGCAGUAGGCCAACUAAACCAUUCACAGAGUUCACCACAGGAGAUACUCUGUGUGUGUUUUUGUACUUACACUACCGGUCAAAAGUUUUAGAACACCUACUCA